GUGGUCGCGGGGGGGUCCCGGGCCAUGUGGUACGUCAUGCAGAGCGUGCAGAGCAAGUACUCGCUGUCCGAGCGGCUGAUCCGAACCAUCGCCGCCAUCCGCUCCUUCCCCCGCGACAGCGUCGAGGACCUCAUCGGCAGGGGAGCAGACGUGAACUGCCUGCACGGGACGCUGAAGCCGCUGCACUGCGCCUGCAUGGUGGCUGAUGCCGACUGCGUGGAGCUGCUGCUGCAGAAGGGAGCUGAGGUGAACGCCCUGGACGGCUACAGCCGCACGGCCCUGCACUACGCGGCCGAGAAGGACGAGGCGUGCGUGGAGCUGCUGCUGGAGUUCGGCGCCGACCCCGACGCGGCCGACGGCAACCGCGACACCCCCCUGCACUGGGCGUCCUUCCGCAACCAGGCGGGCUGCGC